AUGCAGGUGUGUAUAUGCACGCGUGUGCGCAGGUGCGUGUGGCGCGUGUGUGUGCAGGAGCACGUCUACAUCUACCUGCUGGAUGGGGAAACCCGGCUGAUCUGCGACGACCCCCCGCACGAGCUGCCGCCCGAGGGGAGGCUCAGGGCCACACGCGUGCGCAAGGUGCUGUACGCGCGCAGGGGACACACGCAUGCACAGGGCCACGCACACAUGCAGAAGGCGCUGAACACGCGCAGGGGACACACACGUGUGCGUAGGGCCACACGCGUGCGCAAGGCGCUGAACGCGCGCAGGGGACACACACGUGUGCGCAGGGCCACACGCGUGCGCAAGGUGCUGUACGCGCGCAGGGGACACACGCAUGCACAGGGCCACGCACACAUGCAGAAGGCGCUGAACACGCGCAGGGGACACACACGUGUGCGUAGGGCCACACGCGUGCGCAAGGCGCUGAACGCGCGCAGGGGACACACACGUGUGCGCAGGGCCACACGCGUGCGCAAGGUGCUGUACGCGCGCAGGGGACACACGCAUGCACAGGGCCACGCACACAUGCAGAAGGCGCUGAACACGCGCAGGGGACACACACGUGUGCGUAGGGCCACACGCGUGCGCAAGGCGCUGAACGCGCGCAGGGGACACACACGUGUGCGCAGGGCCACACGCGUGCGCAAGGUGCUGUACGCGCGCAGGGGACACACGCAUGCACAGGGCCACGCACACAUGCAGAAGGCGCUGAACACGCGCAGGGGACACACACGUGUGCGUAGGGCCACACGCGUGCGCAAGGCGCUGAACGCGCGCAGGGGACACACACGUGUGCGCAGGGCCACACGCGUGCGCAAGGUGCUGUACGCGCGCAGGGGACACACGCAUGCACAGGGCCACGCACACAUGCAGAAGGUGGUGCUCAUCAUCCCGCUGGUGGACAAAGACAGCGGGGCCGUGGUGUGCGUCAUCCUGGUACACUGCAGCCAGCUGAGCGACUCGGAUGAGCAGAACCUGCGUGCACUGGAGAGACACACCCUGGUGGCGUACCGGCGCCUGCAAGCCCUGCAGAAGCUGCAGCCCUGGCCCCAGGUCAGCCUCUCCACCAGCUCCUCCCAGAACUCCUUGGCCAAGCCCGAGAAGGCGCCCGACAGCGGCUACAGUGACCUGGACUGCAAGAUCCUGCAGCUCUGCGGCGAGCUGUACGACCUGGAUGCCGCCUCGCUCCAGCUCAAGGUCAUCAACUAUCUGAAGCAGGAGACCCAGUCACUCUGUUGCUGCCUGCUGCUCGUCUCGGAGGACAACCACCAGCUCUUCUGCCAGGUGGCGGGGCACCAUGGGCUCACCCGUCCCCUCCACCCACAGCUCACCUUCGGGCGCCUGGGGCAGGUGGUGGAGGACAAGAAGUCCAUCACCUUGAAGGACAUCAGCGAGGAGGAACACAAGCAGCUGAGCAGCAUGUUGGGCUGCGAGGUCACCUCCAUGCUCUGCGUCCCCGUCAUCAGCCGGGCCACCUCCCAGGUGGUGGCAUUGGCCUGCGCCUUCAACAAGCUGAGCAGGGAGAGCUACACAGAGGCGGACGAGCACAAGAUCCAGCACUGCUUCUGCUACACCUCCACGGUGCUCACCAGCACCUUGGCCUUCCAGAAGGAGCAGAAGCUGAAGUGCGAGUGCCAGGCCCUGCUGCAGGUGGCGAAGAACCUCUUCACGCAUUUGGACGACGUCUCUGUGCUGCUCCAGGAGAUCAUCACGGAGGCCCGAAACCUCAGCAACGCCGAGAUAUGCUCCGUGUUCCUGCUGGACCGGCUCAGCCACGAGCUGGUGGCCAAGGUGUUUGACGGCGGCGUGGUGGACGACGAGAGCUACGAGAUCCGCAUCCCCGCGGACCAGGGCAUCGCCGGGCACGUGGCCACCACCGGCAAGAUCCUCAACAUCAAGGACGCCUACUCCCACCCGCUCUUCUACCGCGGGGUGGAUGACAGCACCGGCUUCCGCACCAGGAACAUCCUCUGCUUCCCCAUCAAGAACGAGAGCCAGGAGGUCAUCGGGGUGGCAGAGCUGGUCAACAAGAUCAACGGCCCCUGGUUCAGCAAGUUCGACGAGGACCUGGCCACCGCCUUCUCCAUCUACUGCGGCAUCAGCAUCGCCCACCUGCUGUACAAGAAGGUGAACGAGGCGCAGUACCGCAGCCACCUGGCCAACGAGAUGAUGAUGUACCACAUGAAGGUGUCGGACGAUGAGUACACCAAGCUGCUGAGCGAGGGCAUCCAGCCCGUGUCGACCAUCGACCCCAACUUCGCCAGCUUCACCUACACGCCACGCUCGCUGCCUGAGGAUGACACCUCCAUGGCCAUCCUGAGCAUGCUGCAGGACAUGAACUUCAUCAACAACUACAAGAUGGACCGCCAGACGCUCACCAGGUUCUGUCUGAUGGUGAAGAAGGGCUACCGCGACCCCCCCUACCACAACUGGAUGCACGCCUUCUCCGUCUCCCACUUCUGCUACCUGCUCUACAAGAACCUGGAGCUUGUCAACUACCUGGAAGACAUCGAGAUCUUUGCCCUCUUCAUCUCCUGCAUGUGCCACGACCUGGACCACAGAGGCACCAAUAACUCCUUCCAGGUGGCCUCGAAAUCGGUCCUGGCUGCUCUGUACAGCUCGGAGGGCUCCGUCAUGGAGAGGCAUCACUUCGCCCAAGCCAUCGCCAUCCUCAACAGCAGGGGCACGGAGCCGCUGACGGCACUGCCUUGCCUGGCCCUGCAGGACUACCAGCGCAUGCUGGACCUCAUGAGGGACAUCAUCUUGGCCACCGACCUGGCCCACCACCUGCGCAUCUUCAAGGACCUCCAGAAGAUGGCAGAAGUGGGCUACGACCCCAAGAACAAGCAGCACCGCAGCCUGCUGCUCUGCCUGCUCAUGACCUCCUGCGACCUCUCCGACCAGACCAAGGGCUGGAAGACCACCAGGAAGAUCGCGGAGCUGAUCUACAAGGAGUUCUUCUCCCAGGGUGACCUGGAGAAAGCCAUGGGCAACCGCCCGCUGGAGAUGAUGGACCGGGAGAAAGCCUACAUCCCCGAGCUGCAGAUCAGCUUCAUGGAGCACAUCGCCAUGCCCAUCUACAAGUUGCUGCAGGACCUCUUCCCCAAGGCGGCGGAGCUCUACGAGAGGGUGGCCAGCAACCGGGAGCAGUGGACGAAGGUCUCCCACAAAUUCACCAUCCGGGGGUUGCCCAGUAACAACUCCCUGGACUUUCUGGAUGAGGAAUACGACCCGCAGGCCCCUGACCCCCAGCUCAACGGCUGCCUGGAGCCCGAGGGGGGGCAGGCCGAGGCGGGGGCCGAGUGA